GAGACAACUACGACAGUUUGUCGUGAAAACCGUGCUCGCUUUGUAGUCUAUGUAGAGAGACCACUGUGAGAGUUAAAGAGGACAUUUUGGGUGAUAAAACUACACUCGGCGCUGCAGCUCACAUCACUGUAAAUGUCCAAGAAGCAAAAACCGCCUUUUUUCAUAUCACUUCCUGGAAACAAAGGUGAACCGCAGUGUGUUCAUCACAUUCUGCAGGGACACUGAAAGCAGCACAAGGAGUGUGAGACAGUUUUCCUAUCUGGUUAAACAGAUAGUAGGUACAAAGAACACACUGCUACACAGAGCAGAGGCACUGUUUUCACAAAAACAGAGAUACUGUAUCAGUCCCGAGGGUACAAAGUGAAGCAGCCAUGCCUCGCAUCGAGAACGAUAUCAAACUCGACUUCAAGGAUGUGCUGCUCCGUCCCAAACGCAGCACGCUCAAGUCCCGGAGUGAGGUGGACCUGAUGCGCAGCUUUACUUUCCGAAACUCAAAAGGCAAUUACAGAGGUAUUCCCAUUAUCGCCGCGAACAUGGACACAGUCGGAACCUUUGAGAUGGCCAUGGUACUGCAUUCGUUUUCGCUUUUCACUGCCAUCCACAAACAUUACUGCAUAGAUGACUGGAAAGAGUUUGCAGCGAAGCAUCCAGAAUGCUUGGAGAGUGUGGCCGUCAGCACUGGAACAGGCGAGAAUGAUUUUGACAAGCUUGUGGCCAUUUUAGCCGCUGUGCCUCAGAUACAGUACAUUUGUGUCGACGUAGCGAAUGGAUAUUCGGAGCACUUUGUUCAUUUUGUCAAGGACGUGAGGCAGAAGUUCCCCUCACACACCAUCAUGGCUGGUAAUGUGGUCACGGGAGAGAUGGUGGAGGAGCUGAUUCUCGCUGGUGCCGACAUCAUUAAAGUGGGCAUUGGUCCAGGCUCAGUGUGUACAACCCGUAAGAAGACAGGCGUAGGCUACCCUCAGCUGAGUGCUGUAAUCGAGUGUGCUGAUGCUGCACAUGGCCUGGGUGGACACAUCAUCUCUGAUGGAGGAUGUACCUGUCCUGGUGAUGUCUCGAAGGCUUUUGGUGCGGGGGCAGACUUCGUGAUGCUGGGUGGGAUGUUAGCAGGUCACUGUGAAAGUGGGGGUGAGACCAUUGAGAAAAACGGCAAAAAGUACAAACUGUUCUAUGGCAUGAGCUCCGAUACGGCCAUGAAGAAGCAUGCAGGAGGAGUCGCAGAGUACAGGGCGUCUGAGGGGAAGACAGUGGAGGUGCCCUAUAAAGGGCCAGUAGACGUCACUGUGAAGGAUGUACUGGGUGGAGUUCGCUCCACCUGCACCUAUGUGGGAGCUGCUAAGCUGAAGGAGCUGAGUCGCCGUACCACCUUCAUUAGAGUGACUCAGCAAUUAAACACUGUGUUUGGGAACAGUGACUGAGACAUCACUGUUGCUCAUGAGUGCUGGUCUGGUCUGACAGAUUUACUGCAGUAGUUAAAGAGCUAAACAAUGUCAGGUUCAUGCAAAAGUUUAGAAUUUGUACAACUUUUGUAGUCAUUCUGUAGUAAACAACUGGCAUUCAGACGCAAACUGCACACAACGACAAACCUCACAGCUUUUCCUGCAGCGGUGUUCUGGUUGUGGCUCACAUGGCUAAGAGAAAUUCACUUGCUUAGCCUUCAUAUAAAGACUUAACUGUACAGUUUGGUUUGAAAGUGUCUUGAGAAUUUAAAACAUUUUAUCUUUUAACUGAAAGUGUUCCUUCAAUUUAAUACUCCAGGAAAUAUUCAAGGAAGUCUCUCUCAUACCGUGUGUGUGUAUGUGUAUAUAUAUAUAUAUAUAUAUAUAUAUAUAUAUAUAUAUAUAUAUAUAUAUACACACACCAGACUUCACUGCCCUUCUUUGACACGGUGUCUUAACAACAAGCCAAACCUUAUUCAAGAGCCUUCUGAUUUUAUCCAUUUAUUUUAGUAACUGCUUUGAGAUUUUUUUUUUUCAUGUUUUUAAAAAAAUAAAUUAUCUGGAUUAACAGUGUUUUCCCCAACCAGGACCAAUUUUUUUUCCAUUCCACAUGAUUUAUUAUGAUGAAUGUCUUUUAAAUGUCCUCUAUUCACUGGUUAAUAAAGAUGACUGUCCUCAGUAAUGCAGUGAUCUUGUUGCUGGUUUGUUUAACUGUUUGGUUGUAUAUGUGUGUGUGUGUGUGUUUAAAUAAUUCUGAUCAUUCCAACAAAACUUUUAUUCUAAGGGCCCCGGUUUAAAGGCUUAAAAUAACUGUUAGGAAAUGUUAGUAACAGUUGGGCUUCUUGGAAUAGUUGUUUAUUGCAUUUCACAUAAUAGUAUCAUGUGUGAAUCCCAUUUUACACCAAAAGGGCAUGAAGGGUUUAUUCCUGUAUUUUUCCUGCACUGGUUUAGAAAAUAUAAUGUACAAAUAUCUUUAAAUCUUACGAACAUGCAUUACCGUACUAGAUCAGAUGUGAUUUUCACUUCUACUCUCUGUGGCAGUUUUAAAGGUUUUACCUGAUACCAGAACACUCACUGUUCCAGUAGUCUGCACACUCAAAUACUGCCCAUGUGCUGUUUAGAUUAUGGGCAUAAAUAUGUGUAAUUUGUAGUGUGCUAUAAUUUUGAAUAAAUAUCCUGAUUUAAUUUUAACUGCU